AAAUUUCUAAGAUAUCGGCGAGAUCGAAUUGAAUGAAGAGUAUUUAAGGAGCAGAUUGUAACGUGCAUGCUGUGCUUGUCGCUGGAAAAGAGCCACAGUCGUGGCUUUUUUCCAGCGUCUGUGUUUUUGUGUUUAACGCAUGCAUCACAACCCGCUUUUGUCUCACCGUUUCCCGCUGCAGCAAAAAAAUAAUAUUAACAAUGCUUCAACGAUUCACGAUUCUCCGUUUUCUCCUGGAUGAAGGAUGCCGCGGCGGAGCUCCUGGGCCACAGGGAGGCUCUGAAGUGCAGGCUCGGCGGCGGCGGGGGACCUGACCCGGGACACUCCGGGGAGCUCGGCCCGGGCCCGGACGGAGUGGAAGGGGCCACGAUGCUCCCCGGCGAAGACAUCAGCAGCGGCGGAGGAUCCAACGCGGUGCAGGUCGGCGGCAAAGAGCAGGAGAAGCAGCAGCAGCAGCAGCAGCAGCAACAGCAGCAGCAGAACAACAACAACAACAACAACCCGAACCAGUCCGGAGGGCAGCAGAGCCAGAAGCAGAAGCGGCACCGGACCCGCUUCACGCCGGCGCAGCUCAACGAGCUGGAGAGGAGCUUCGCCAAAACGCACUACCCGGACAUCUUCAUGCGGGAGGAGCUGGCUCUGAGGAUCGGCCUGACGGAGUCCAGAGUGCAGGUCUGGUUCCAGAACCGACGCGCCAAGUGGAAGAAGCGCAAGAAGACCACCAACGUGUUCCGCGCUCCGGGGACUCUGCUGCCGACGCACCACGGGCUGCCGCAGUUCCCGUCGGCCGCGGCGGCGGCGGCGGCCAUGGGCGACAGCCUCUGCUCCUUCCACGCCAACGACACCCGCUGGGCCACGGCGGGGAUGCCCGGCGUGUCUCAGCUGCAGCUCCCGCCCGCCCUGGGCCGCCAGCAGGCCAUGGCGCAGUCGCUGUCUCAGUGCAGCCUGGGCGCGGGCCCGCCGCCCAACUCCAUGGGUCUAUCCAACAUGUCGUCGAACGGCUCCGGGCUGCAGUCGCACCUCUACCAGCCCACUUUCCCCGGAAUGGUACCGGCGUCCCUGUCCGGCCCCACCAACGUGACGGGCUCGCCUCAGCUGUGUAGCUCCCCGGACAGUGACGUCUGGAGAGGGACAAGCAUCGCGUCGCUGCGCCGCAAAGCGCUGGAGCACACAGUAUCCAUGAGUUUCACUUAGUGACGGUGGAGCCAGCGCGAAGAGCUUUUCUUUCACCCACACAGAGAUCUUCUGCUUUCAGUUCUGAUCCACCCAAACCACGAGAAAGGCGCACCGGGAAACAUACAACCAGGAUUUUGUUCCGCUCCCACAUCGCUGCUGGCGAUUUUCUCCAGACCCGCAAACAAGAGGGAGAAGCGAAGCCUUUAUCCACCACGGGACUGUUCCUGUUUUGAGCUAUAAUUUAUGAUUUCGCAUGUAUGUCGACUAUUUAUUUGUCUAUUUAAAUGAACUUAUCGGUUUGUUCGGUAUUUCUUUCUUUCUUUUGCACACGCAGCCCCUCCCAGUCCUUUACUGUUGCAGGGCUCUCAGAAACAUUUGAAGACAAAUGCUGGGGAUACUUUGAAAUACAGAUCCUCUGCUGCACAGCAUGUAACUCUAAAGGGCCAAAGGGAUGCACAGAAACAAACAAACCAACAAACAAAAAGAAUGAGAACAUGACAGGAACCAGGACACCACGAGGAAGAACUUGACUGCAUGUGCUGUCCAAAGCAAAAAAAUGAAAAA